CAAAGCCAAGUCGCGCGCCACUUAGUCUGUCCCUCCUGGCCGACCGAGGCCCGUCCCGCCCUUCCCACCAGGUUCUGCUCCUUUCUUCCAGCUGAGGGUGCGAGGCCCUGGAUCUCCCCCCGCACCUCCCGCCUGAGGCCAGGCGCGAGGUGUCACCUGGUCAACCAAUCAAUGCCGACAGAUAAGCAAAUAUGCAUCCCCUCGGAACUGCCAGAACUGCUGAAGCAAUUUACCAAGGCCGCCAUUCGAACUCAGCCUCCGGAUCUCAUCCCGUGGGCUGCGGAUUAUUUUGGGGCUGUGUCCCAUGGAGAAAUCCCUCCAGUGAGAGAGGAGUCUGAGCGAGUUGCUUUGUCCAACUGGGCAGAGCUUACACCUGAGCUGUUAAAGAUCCUGCAUUUUCGGGUUGCCGGCAGACUGAUCAUCCAUGUAGACGAACUGGCCCACAUGUGGAAGGUGCUGAGUCUCCCAACAGAUCUGUUUAAUAGUAUGAUGAAUGUGGGCCGCUUCACAGAGGAGAUCGAGUGGCUUAAGUUUUUAACCCUUGCUUGCAGCUCUCUCGGAGUUACCAUUGCCAAAACUCUCAAGAUAGUGUGUGAAGUUUUAUCAUCUGACCACAGUGGUGGACCUGCCCGGAUCCCUUUUAGCACCUUCCAGUUUCUCUACACAUAUCUUGCUGAAAUGGAUGGGGAGAUCUCUGCAUCACACGUCAGCCGAAUGCUGAACUACAUUGAACAGGAAGUAAUUGGUCCUGAUGGUUUAAUCAAGGUGGACGACUUUACCCAAAAUCCCAAGGUUCGGCUGGAGUAAAAGCACAAGUUUUGGCAAUUUUACAGGAAGAUAGAGAGAUGAUCAUGCUUCAUAAUAACUGAACACCAUACACCAGCCAGUAUCAAUUUCCUUGUACAACUGGUACACACUAAUAAACAAUUAACCAAAUAUAUGGAAUCAGAAAUGUGUGGAGUUAAGAUGUAAAACUGUUGGAAUGAAACACCUACAUCAACAGAAGAUUAGUAUUUUUCCCACAUGGACACUGAGUAAAAGUAGCUGAUGAAGCAUGUCAGAUUUUCAGAGGUAGAAUGCUAAUACCAGGCAGUUUCAAUGUUUUGUGAUUGUUGGGCAUAACUUAGAAGAGUAUCUUUUACAUGUCAAUCUACAUUUUUACUAAUUCAUUUCUCCAUUUGUCUGUACGAUGCUAGACAUUCAUUCAUUUACUCACUCACCAAUGUUUAUUAUGUUAGCUAUAUGCCAGGUGUAGGAUUGCCAGAUAAAAUACAAGACACCCAGCUAAAUUCGAAUUUUGUGUAAAAAGAUACUUUUUUAGUGUUUUUUGUUUGUUUUGCUAAACCUGCCAAGAACUAGAUUGGCUUCUGGACAUAUAGAAAUAAAUUAUAUCUGAAUUCUACCCUCAAGGAGCUCACAG